CUGCUUGGUCUCUCGUCUAUAUAUACCGGUAGAUGCCCCCUCAAUUCGUCACAAUGCUUCACUCCUCUUCUGCUAUCAAGAGAUUGAUCACUGUUGCAACUACCCGUCUGCCGUCUAUUAGGAAAGCAAACAUGUCCUUCAAAAUCCCAGCUAUCGACAACGAGCCCAAUGCACAUGCCCCUCCUUUCAAGCUCUAUUCCACGAGUUCCUCCGAGCGUAAGGCUCUCACAGAAGCCAUCCAAGCCCUUCGUUCAAACGCCCCAGUUUCUGUUCCACUCCGUAUAAACGCAGAGUCUAUCACUACACAGUCUACGGUCCCUCAAUUCAUUCCUUCGUCACACGCCACUACGCUCGCUUCAUGUUCGCAAGCUUCCAAGGAACAAGUUACUACUGCCAUUUCAUCCGCCCUUGCAGCUAAGCCUGCAUGGGAGUCUGCACCAUUUGCCGACCGUGCAGCGGUAUUCCUGAAGGCAGCAGAACUAAUUGCUGGAAAAUACCGACCUGCCAUUAUGGCUGCUACAAUCCUUGGCCAGGGAAAGAAUACAUGGCAAGCCGAGAUAGAUGCUUCUACUGAAUUAGUAGACUUUCUGAGGUUCAACGUUUUAUACGCUGAGGAACUCUACAAGCAACAGCCAGCGAAGAAUUCGCCUGGUGUUUGGAACCGCGUCGAGUACCGCCCAUUGGAAGGGUUUGUCUAUGCCAUUUCACCAUUCAACUUCACAGCAAUCGGCGGUAAUCUACCCAUUGUACCGGCUCUUCUUGGCAAUGUUGUUAUCUGGAAGCCCUCCCCAGCUGCGAUCUACAGCAACUACCUGAUUUACCAGAUCCUACUCGAAUCGGGCCUUCCCGGGAAUGUUAUUCAAUUCGUGCCUGGAGAUGCAGAAUCCGUAACCGAUGCCGCCCUCUCACACAAGGAAUUUGCUGCGCUUCACUACACUGGCUCCACCGCUGUUUUCCGUGCACUCUACGGCAAGAUCUCCCAGGGUGUGGUCGAGGCUAGAUUCCGCUCCUAUCCCCGUAUUGUGGGCGAGACAGGUGGAAAGAACUUUCACCUCGUUCAUUCGUCAGCCGAUAUUCGCAACGCAGUAAUACAAACCAUACGUGGUGCAUUUGAAUAUCAAGGGCAAAAAUGCUCAGCUUGCUCACGUCUCUAUAUCCCAAGGUCUAUUUCUGAAGACUUCCUAUCCCAACUGAAGGCGGAGACUUCUGAGCUCAAAGUCGGUGCUCCAGACGAAUCGUUUGAGAACUUUAUUGGGCCGGUUAUUCACAGGGGAUCUUUCGAUAAACUCAAGGGUGUGAUUGACUCUGCCAAGUCGGAUUCAUCUCUUAAGCUUCUGGUUGGUGGGAAAUAUGAUGACAGCAAAGGAUUCUUCAUCCACCCCACAAUCUACGUCGCCAACUCCCCUGACCACAAAAUUUUCAACAAUGAGCUCUUUGGCCCGAUCUUGGCUGUAUACGUUUACCCCGAUGAGGACUUUGAGGGUGUUAUGAAGACCAUUGACGGGAGUGGCGGCGGAUAUGCACUUACCGGCAGUGUGUUUGCCAAGGAUAGGAUGGUUAUUAGAAAGGCUGAGGAUGCGCUCAGAAACUCCGCCGGCAACUUCUAUAUCAAUGCAAAGUGCACAGGUGCUGUUGUCGGCCAACAGCCAUUUGGUGGAGCCCGAGCGAGUGGAACAAACGACAAGGCGGGAAGUAUGAAUAUCUUGACUAGGUUCGUUAGCGCGAGGUCUAUCAAGGAGGAAUUCACGCCUAUCGAUAAGGUUCUCUAUCCCAGCAACGAUGCCUAGGCUUGAUACGUUUUUGUUUUUUCCUUUUAUAUAGUUGGGCCGUGAUGUAUGAUACAGAAUUUCUUUUCAAAAUUGGAUAGCUUUCAAAUUUGA